GAAGUGAGCAUCUAUCUUUCCGAACAACCCUUUAAACAAAUAAAAAUCUACGGUGCCAUCGGAGGAUUGUCAGAACUCCGAUGCGCAAAUUUGUCCCUGAUAUCACAUUCGAUAUCAACGAGAAACUUCUUGGAUUGGAACUAGAUUCCGGUUUCAAAUUCUCUCUCCCUUUCUCUGUGAUUGUAGUUCGGUCUGUCCCGACGAGAGAAAAGGAAGCCUUCUGCGUGAUAUACACGUCUGGAGUAGCUUCGGUUGACAAAAACCUUCGCACUCCUGAACUCAAAUAAUGAGACUACCUCCCAAACUCAAAUACAAGUCCGUGGCUCUCUCUCUGCUUCCUGAGAACGAGGACGAACCGGCGCCGUUGCAGAUUUUCGACCCGAGAUGUUCGGGCAAUAAACGCCUGAGACGUUCUCCCAGGCUCACUCCUUGGAGUCCUCCAGAGGUCAAUGCGGCUCGAACCAUCCGUAAGAAAACCGCUUCCAUGGCUUCCAAACAAUCAAAGCCCCUCAGAAGGUCGCCCAGACUAUCGUCUGCUUCGGAAACGCGAAAUGCUGCUCUCGAAUGUUUGAAUGCUCGGAGUUUCAGAAGGUCGCUGAGACUGAAUAAUACUUCGGAUCCUAAUCCGGAUUCUUUCCCGGCUACAUUGACCGGAACGUCGAGGAAAUCCUAUUCUCUGAAGUGUAGGGGCAGUUUGGAAAAUUCCAAGUCGUCACUGUUCCACGAAAACUCUCCUAGACGGUCUCCGAGAUUUAUGCCCACUCAAAAUGGCAAAGCUGAGCUUAGCUUAGAUAAGAGAAAACGGUUGAAGGGUCAAAUCUUGACAAUGAAUGCUGAUGAAGAAGGUAAUACACUGUCUAUAGUGGAGUGCUCCAAAGAGAAGUGCCUACGGAGAUCCCCAAGACUGUCCUCAAAACAAUCUAAAGCCAAAAGCAAAUUUUCAAAGGCUUCACCGCAAAAGAUGUCUUCAAGAAACUUGCAGCCCCUUGGAAAGGGCAGCUUCAAAGCAGCCUCACCAAGAACUUCCAAUCUUAUAUCAAGAUCAUCAGGAGAAUCAAAAGCUGAGCCAAUUUCUCUCUUAUGGCUUGAGAAUGGUGAUAAGGCAUCUAAGGCGUCCAAAUACUAUGAUGCUGAAUUCUUUGGUGGUAGGCACUUGAGAAGGUCACCAAGGCUAAUUUCAAGAACUCAAAACAAUGGCAGGGAUAAAUCUAUGGACAAGUUUCAUAUUGACUUAUUUAAUAAAAACCACUUAAGAAGAUCUCCAAGACUACUCGCAUCUUUGACACGGGCUGAUAAUGUCAAACUAGACUGUACUUUCAUUAGAUUAUCUAGUUCAGAUGAGCAGUUUUCCAGGAUCAUUAUACCCUCUUCAGAAAAAUCUGAUCUGGAUGGAGAUUGCUUUAGGCAAUCUCCAAUCACAGCAAUAUCUCUGUUUGGGGCAAAUAAUGGCAAACGAGAACGUACUUUUAUUGAAUUGCCUUAUUCAGAUGAAGAAUGUUCUCCAAAGAAAUUUAAGUCGAUAGAUUCGUCAGUGGAUAAAUGGAAUAAGUACAAACAUAUGCCUUUCUUUGUUGGAGAUCCAAUCCCUGACGAUGAAGCUCAAGGUAGGUGGCAUUGGCGUUAUGAAAUAAAGAAACAAAAAUCUAAAGGUCAACACUUGGAAAUUAUUGAGGAUGAAGAAGAUGAGAUAGUUUGGAAUGUGCAGAGCCAUUAUGCUCAAGCUAAACUCAACAAUUGCAUAUUUAGUUUGGGAGAUUGUGCAUAUAUAAAGGGUGAUGGAGGACAAAAACACAUAGGUAGGAUCAUGGAAUUUUUCAGAACAACUGAUGGAGAGAACUAUUUCAGAGUCCAAUGGUUUUACAAAGUUGAAGAUACAGUUAUCAAAGAAGAAGGUGCUUUCCACGACAAGAGGCGUCUAUUCUAUUCUACAAUUAUGAAUGAUAACUUGAUAGAUUGUAUUAUUUCAAAAGUCAACGUUACACAAAUAACACCUAGGGUAGGACGAAUAUUGAACUUUACUCUGCGGUCUGACUUCUAUUUUGAUAUGGAGUACUGUGUUGACUAUUCAACAUUUCGCUCCUUGGUGAUUGAUAAUUCAGUUAGAAGUCAUGAUGUAUCAUCACCUGAUGGCAUUAAGCCUGUAGAUACGAGGGCCACCCCAACCUUUUCACAGAAUGUUCCCAAUAGUGAAACCUAUGAAGCCAAAUUAGCACUAUUAGACCUUUUUUCUGGUUGUGGUGGAAUGUCUACUGGAAUGUGUCUUGGUGCCAAGCUUUCCGGUGUUAAUCUUGCAAUGAGGUGGGCCCUUGAUAGUGAUGGGUCUGCAUGUGAAAGCUUGAAAUUAAAUCAUCCAGAGACACACGUCAGGAAUGAAACUGCUGCGGAUUUUCUAGAACUAUUGAUGCAAUGGGAAAAGCUAUGCAGACGUUAUGGAGUCAAUGGUGCAGGAAGAACUCAUCCCUCAAGAAUAAUGACCUCAGGAGCACACAACUGCAAUGGAAUUCCCACCUGUGAAUAUGAAGUUUCUAGACUUGUUGAUAUAUGUUACGGUGAUCCCAAUAAGACAGGCAAGCGUGGACUGAAUUUUAAGGUGCAUUGGAAGGGUUAUAGCACAAGUGAGGAUACAUGGGAGCCAAUUGAAGGGUUAAGUAAUUGCCAGGAAAGGAUACAGGAUUUUGUACAAAAUGGAUUGAAAUCAAAGAUCUUGCCACUCCCAGGUGAUGUUGAUGUCAUUUGUGGAGGUCCUCCUUGCCAAGGCAUAAGUGGUUAUAACCGCUAUAGAAAUAUUGAUUCUCCAUUAUCUGAUGACAGAAAUCGUCAAAUUGUAGUCUUCAUGGAUAUCGUCACAUUUUUAAAGCCCAAGUUUGUGUUGAUGGAAAAUGUUGUUGACAUUUUGAGAUUUGACAAGGCCUCCCUUGGAAGAUAUGCUUUAAGUCGUUUGGUACAUAUGCAUUACCAAGCAAGGCUGGGAACUAUCGCUGCUGGUUGUUAUGGUCUUCCACAAUUUCGCUUGCGUGUUUUUUUAUGGGGAGCUCAUCCUAGUGAGAAACUUCCCCAAUUUCCGCUUCCAACGCAUGAUGUUAUUGUUAGAUAUUGGCCUCCGCCAGAGUUUGAGCGCAAUACUGUUGCUUAUGGAGAAGAUCAACCUCGUGAACUAGAAGAGGCCCUUGUUCUUCGUGAUGCCAUCUCUGAUCUUCCAGCUGUCACAAACUUUGAAAUUCGUGAAGAAAUGUCACAUGAAAAGCCUCCAGAAACUGAUUUUCAAAGAUAUAUCAGAUCGACUCGAUAUGAGAUGACUGGCUCCACACUAAAUGACUCUUUAGAAACAAAACAUUCACUUUACGACCACCGGCCAUACGCAUUGACUGAAGAUGAUUACUUUCGAGUUUGCCAAAUUCCAAAAAGAAAAGGAGCAAAUUUCCGAGAUCUUCCUGGUGUAGUUGUAGGAGCUGACAAUGUGGCUCGGCGGGAUCGAACAGAACAAAAGCUGCUGCCAUCUGGAAAGUCAUUGGUACCAGAUUAUGCAUUUACCUAUGAGCAAGGAAAGUCCAGAAGGCCGUUUGCGAGGUUAUGGUGGGAUGAGACAGUGCCCACUGUCAUAACAUCUCCAAGUUGCCACAAUCAGGCAGCAUUACAUCCAGAGCAAGACCGAGUCCUUACUAUACGGGAGUAUGCAAGGUUGCAAGGUUUUCCUGAUUACUAUAGAUUAUGUGGUACCAUCAAAGAGAGGUACUGUCAAGUUGGAAAUGCAGUAGCCAUUCCUGUUGCACGAGCCUUAGGAUAUGCCCUGGGAUUGGCAUUUCGGAAGCUCAGCGGGGAUGAACCACUCAUGACUCUCCCCCCCAAGUUCACUCAAUCUAAUUAUUUUCAAUUGACAAAAUCCCUUUCUCAUGUGAGUCCCUAGUAUUCAUUCUUUACCCUCUUCCCUUCAUCUUUUUAGUUGCGGCAUUUUCUAUACUAUAUUGUGUUCCAUCGUUCUUUAUACUGCUUUAAUGUAAUUUAAUGCAAUGAUCGAUAUAUUAUCAAGCAAUGGACAAUGGCAGGGAGCCAUAUGCAAUCUCUGGUCCUAAUUUUCAAAGCA